GGCGCGACCAUGGCGCGGUGAGGGAGCGGGGGUGGGGAUCGGUCCCGGGGAGGCCUGGGGCCGCUGGCUUGUGCGCCGUCUCGGCCUCCCCCACUUUCGCCGCCGCCGCCGCCGCCCUGGGCAUGUCGUCGAACUGCACCAGCACCACGGCGGUGGCGGUGGCGCCACUCAGCGCCAGCAAGACCAAGACCAAGAAGAAGCAUUUCGUGUGCCAGAAAGUGAAGCUAUUCCGGGCCAGCGAGCCGAUUCUCAGCGUCCUGAUGUGGGGGGUGAACCACACGAUCAAUGAGUUGAGCAAUGUCCCGGUCCCUGUCAUGCUAAUGCCAGACGACUUCAAAGCAUACAGCAAGAUCAAGGUGGACAAUCAUCUUUUCAAUAAGGAGAACCUCCCCAGCCGCUUUAAGUUCAAGGAGUACUGCCCCAUGGUGUUUCGAAAUCUUCGGGAAAGGUUUGGGAUUGACGAUCAGGAUUACCAGAAUUCAGUGACACGCAGCGCCCCUAUCAAUAGUGACAGCCAGGGCCGAUGUGGCACACGUUUCCUCACCACCUACGACCGGCGCUUUGUCAUCAAGACUGUGUCAAGUGAAGAUGUGGCUGAGAUGCACAACAUCUUAAAGAAGUACCACCAGUUCAUAGUGGAAUGUCACGGCAACACCCUUUUGCCACAGUUCCUGGGCAUGUACCGCCUGACGGUGGAUGGGGUGGAAACCUACAUGGUGGUCACCAGGAACGUGUUCAGCCAUCGGCUCACCGUACACCGCAAGUAUGACCUCAAGGGUUCGACUGUUGCCAGAGAAGCGAGUGACAAGGAGAAGGCCAAGGACUUGCCAACAUUUAAAGACAAUGACUUCCUCAACGAAGGGCAGAAGCUGCACGUGGGAGAGGAAAGUAAAAAGAAUUUUCUGGAAAAACUGAAACGGGAUGUAGAGUUUCUGGCCCAGCUGAAGAUCAUGGACUACAGUCUGCUGGUGGGCAUCCACGACGUGGACCGGGCCGAGCAGGAGGAGAUGGAGGUGGAGGAGCGGGCAGAGGACGAGGAGUGUGAGAACGAUGGGGUAGGCGGCGGCCUGCUCUGCCCCUACGGCACGCCUCCCGACAGCCCCGGCAACCUCCUCAGCUUCCCUCGCUUCUUCGGUCCUGGGGAGUUCGACCCCUCUGUUGACGUUUAUGCCAUGAAGAGCCAUGAAAGUGCCCCCAAGAAGGAGGUCUACUUCAUGGCCAUCAUUGAUAUCCUCACACCAUAUGAUACGAAGAAGAAAGCUGCACAUGCUGCCAAAACAGUGAAACAUGGGGCGGGGGCCGAGAUCUCGACUGUGAACCCUGAGCAGUACUCCAAACGCUUCAAUGAGUUCAUGUCCAACAUCCUGACGUAGUGACCUUCUACCUUCAGCCAGAGCCAGAGAAAGAGAUACGGGGUUUGCUCUUUAUAACGAUGCAUAUCAUCACCCUGCUCACCGUCCCCAUCCCUGCCCUGAGUUACCUGUGUCACAACGGCUCCCCUCGGAUGCCGCCAAGGCUCCUGUCAGAGCCAAGUGCUCCGGCACCAGAGGAGAGGAGGGCAACACCUCAUUCCUGCUGCACUGACUUUUUAAUUUUAUGAAGUAUUGUGCACAACUCCCUUCACCUUUCCCCCUCGGAUCCCAGCGAUCCCUUCAUCGGAAGCUGCCCUCCUGCUGGGACACUCCAGCUCCACGUCAGUCACCUUGGACCAGAAUCAGAGCUCAGAGGGGAGUGAGUUCAUCCUCAUGGGGUGGUGCGGGGUGGGGUUGCUGCUGGGCUCUCGGACAGCUGGUUCUCAGAGAACCCUGUGAUCAUCGCUCAGGCGCCUGCGCUCUCGUGGCCGCUGGAGUUCAGAUGUCUUUUCUAUAAAGCCUGCCUCCCACUUUGUCCAGAAGAGCUUGAAAGGACUCCUGUGCUUGAAUGGUUUUGUCCCCCUCGGAGAAACCCCGGAAGCUGAAGAUGAUGAGUAUCAAAUGAGGGCCCACGCCCUCCACCCAUUUACUUCCUUCUGACCUUCUCCCAGGCGCCCUCACUUGUAGGUGAGCUGUUAGCUGGGCGCCGGUCUGCAGGCACCAGGGGUGCUCCUUGCAGAGAUUCCUCUUCGAGCUACCAGGGCCACCAUAUAGGUAAUCUGACUCCCUGUGCCUGUUGUUUGUCACCUGGACAUUAUGGCCGUCAAGGGGUGAUGCCUCCUCCCUUGGAGUAUGGCACCCAAGCCUGAGGUUGUUUCUGGAUCAUUUGAGGAUGUGACCAGGAAGUCCAGUUCGGAGGCUUCAGGGAGAACUGGACCUGGGCCCAGCCUUGGGGCUGUUUUUCCUCGAUGCCUCUUCUAGACUUUCAGCACAUCUGCCACCCGCAGGCUUCCUCGGGAGUGGCACCCUGCAGCUUCCUUCGGGAUCUCCACCACCUUCUGAGCCUUGCUGUCCUGGCCUCAGAAUCGAACUGUGUGUCAUUGCGUGGUGACAUCUGAGCAGUCUGGUCUGGCUAGGAGGGAGAACAGCCCUGCGUUGGAGGAGGUGCAUUCCUGUAUCUUCUCAACCCCUCACCAGGAACUGGGGCUUUAGGAUGAGAUACUACGAUAAAACCCCAUAGAUGUGAAGAGAGUUUGUGGAAGCAUUUUGAAUGAAUGGAUUGGUUUCUUACGGCUCCCUCCAAGCCUGGCCAAGCUCAGCUUCUGGAGCAGAAACCAGCACGGUCUCUGUGCCUGACGUGGAGCAUUUGGGUCAGAUGGGAAUGGAGACAGUACUUUUGGACUCCUGUGGGGCUGCUGGGUCCCCCCGGGAGAGGCAGAUGGUGCGGACAACUGCCCUUGCUCCAAGAAGGGGCCACAGGCAGCUCAGGACAUCAGCGGUAAGACCAUGAGGUGACUUGGGGAAGGACUUGAAACCAAGUGGCUCAUGGAGAAAACAGAAUUGACUUAGGAAAGGAUUAUAUAGGAAUAAUGUUUGGGUUUGAUUUCCCCAUCUUCUAAUCAAGAAUGAAAAUUUGGAUCUGCUCAUAGUCAGGCCCGGCAUCUCCAAAGGCUGGCAGGCUGUCCUUUGGCGACGCGCAGCCUCCGCAGCCUCCUGCGUUUGGUUUGCUGAUCAUGUUGCCGGAAUGUGUAUGAGUAACCCAGUCCUACCAGUUAAAGAUGAGCUACCAGGUAAUCUAACUUCUUUAACAUUGAGUUUUGUGUUUCUGGUUUUUGUGUUUUUUGUUGUUUUUUUUUUGUAUAUUGUUUACAUUUUGAGAGGCAGCAUCCUGUUUCAAAUGCUCUUGUGUUUCUGACAGUGUUGUUGAUUGGGUCAGAAUAUUUGAGCUGAGGUUUGGUGAAUUUUAGAUUUUUUUUUAAAGGUCAUUCUGUGCUAUUUUCAAAACCUUGGAUUUGGCCCUCUAAAUCUUUUGGCAUUCAAAUGUUUAAAAGCUAUUUAUCUUGGUUUAUACAAGCUUUCUUUCUCUCUCUCUUUUUUUUUUUACAAUGAUGAAGAUAUUGUAUUUGGUUUGGUCUGAAUGUAGAGAAAGUGACCUGACCCCCAGGCUUUGGUCUGCGCCCCCUUUUUCCCGAACCCCACCAUUCCCCGUCUGAGCAGUAGAAGACAUCUGAGGGGAGGUAACCGCCCUCACCCUCGCUCUUUGGAGCCGGGAAACUCAACAGCCUUUGGGUCUCCCAAGAACAAAGGUAUAAGAAUAGGGCAUGGCUGACUGGGUGAGGUCUGGUGGGCGAUUAAGGGCAAGACUCGCCCCCCAGUCCCUCUACCACCUAAGCAGUCACAGCUUCUCCCAUCCCACCCCUGUUGUGAGUCUACAGCCAAGAAACUCAUUUCCCAGGUUUCAGCUGAAGCGAGGGUUGUCUGAAAACACUGCUGAGCCCACUAGACGAAGGCCUCUGGCUCUCCUUCCUGUUCGUGACCACUGAGUGUUACCCUCCCAGCCUGAGCCGCUUCCCUGCGCCCCACAGUCGGGGUGAGGAGGCGGGGCUGGGAGCCAGCAGUUCCAGGAGCUCAGGCUGAAAUGCUCCAUGUCUCUUUAUCUUGCUCAGGGGUUACUGCUCUGUGGCAGGUGCCACGUGUCGCCCCUGUGGCUGUUCUCAGUGGUACUCCCUAAAUUCCCACCACAGGCAGCUCUUCCUACUUCACGUGUUUCUCUUGCCUGUGUUUUAGGCCUCAAGCAGGUCCCCUGGUGGUACUAAAGGCUCGGGACUGCAGACUCCUGCCCUAGUGACCUUCCUCUCUUCACAGUCUGCCAGGGCCAGCCCUGGGGAGGUGGACCAAAGAACCAGGACUUUUCUCAGUAGCCAAUCCCACUCACCCCUCAGUUGUCUUUUUAUCAGUUCAAGUUGGGAGAGAAAAAAACUUAAGCACUCCCCAGCCUUUGAGCCACUCGCGUGUUAGGGGCCGAUGUGUUUAAACAACCCUUAGAGCCCUGGCCUUAGACCUGGGGCUCCAAGCCCGGGGACCUCACCUCUUUCUGGCAGAAACGUGUGGAGGCAGAAUCCACUCUGAGCACAGGAAUCAAAGGGAAAACAUUCAAAUAAAUGUCCCCAAAAGUACCAGCCACCCGCAGUGGGCCGUGACGUGGCCCCAGCCUUCCUGAGAUGUGCCACUUACGAAGAGUGCCUCCAAAGGGAAGAGGAGACUCUUGCUUUCCCAGCAGGUGGUGCUGAGCGCCUGCUGAGGCUGCAGAGGAGUCUUCUGGGGGCCCCUUCCCCUGAUGCAGGGCUGUUUCAUGAGGACGUAGCAACCAGCCACCUCUGGGGGAAGGCCUGGUGCUGCUCAGCACACCCAAGCAUCGGGUCAGAUCAUUGUAAUCAAAAAAAUGUGAAUUAAGUAUAGAUUCAAUUUGGGGGGAGCAGGAUAAACUAUCACCCCACCGUAUGUGUCUGACUUCUCCAUUUCCCACUCCAACUUCCAUUUUUUAAAUAGGAAUUUUCAGCCCCCUGUGCUUGUCUAAUGUCUCCUCAGAACAGUGUGAGAUCCUGUUACUGUUUUAAAAUGCAUGCGUGUUAAGAUGAACCUCCAAUCCAAGGAAAAUAAAACUUAAAAAACUUUGUGUACA